AUGGGGAGUCAAGGCCCAGAGAAGCACAUGCCUGGGGAGCACUCUGCCAGGAUGGGAGCUGCUCACAGGACGGACGUCUCCUUUAGGGUGAUGCUGACCAUUGGUUGGUUCAUCCUGGCCCACUUUCCUGGUGUGGCAUCCACAGGGUCCGCUGAGUGCCCUGAUCAGUGGCCUGAGUUGCAACCCUGGAAUCCUGGCCAUGAUCCAGCCCACUAUGUAUAUAUAGGCCAGGGCAGGGCACUGUUGCUCACCUCUUCUGCCACGGUCUACUCCAUCCGCAUCUCAGAGGGAGGAAAGCUAGUCAUUAAAGACCAAGAUGAGGCCAUUGUUUUGCGUACCCGGCACAUCCUGAUUGACAGCGGAGGAGAGCUGCAUGCUGGGAGUGCCCUCUGCCCUUUCCAGGGCAAUUUCAGCAUCGUUCUGUAUGGAAGGGCUGAUGAUGGCAUUCAGCUAGACCCCUACUUUGGCCUCAAGUACAUUGGUGUCGACAGAGGAGGUACCCUUGAGUUGCAUGGACAGAAGAAGCUCUCUUGGACGUUUCUGAACAAGACUCUUCACCCUGGUGGCCUGGAAGAGGGAGGCUAUUUUUUUGAAAGGAGCUGGGGUCACCGUGGAGUCAUUGUCCAUGUCAUCGACCCCAAAUCAGGAACAGUCAUCCAUUCUGACAGAUUUGACACCUAUAGAUCCAAGAAAGAGAGUGAGCGUCUGGCCCAGUAUUUAAAUGCUGUGCCUGAUGGCAGGAUCCUUUCUGUUGCUGUGAACGAUGAAGGCUCUCGAAACUUGGAUGAUGUGGCCAGAAAGGCGAUGACCAAACUGGGCAGCAAACACUUCCUACACCUUGGAUUCAGACACCCUUGGAGUUUCCUAACUGUGAAAGGAAAUCCCUCUUCUUCCGUCGAAGACCACAUCGAGUAUCAUGGACACCACGGCUCUGCUGCUGCCCGGGUGUUCAAACUCUUCCGGACAGAGCAUGGUGAGCUUUUCAACGUCUCCUCAUCCAGCGAGUGGGUUCAAGAUGUGGAGUGGACAGAGUGGUUCGAACAUGACCAAGUAUCUUACACGAAAGGUGGAGAGAAAAUUUCAGACCUCGGGGUCACUCACCCAGGGAAAAUCUGCAAUCGCCCCAUUGAUAUACAGGCCACUACACUGGAUGGAGGCAACCUCACCACUGAGGUUGUCUACAAAAGAGGCCAGGAUUACAGGUUUGUGUGCUACGACCGGGGCCAAGCCUGCCAGAGCUACCGUGUGCGAUUCCUGUGUGGAAAGCCUGUGAGGCCCAAACUCACCGUCACCAUCGACACCAAUGUGAACAGCACCAUCCUGCACCUGGAAGACAAUGUACAGUCAUGGAAGCCUGGGGACACCCUGGUUGUUGCCAGUACCGAUUACUCCAUGUACCAGGCAGAAGAGUUCCAGGUGCUCCCCUGCAGAACCUGUGCCCCCAACCAGGUCAAAGUAGCAGGCAAGCCAAUGUACCUGCACAUUGGGGAGGAGAUCGAUGGUGUGGACAUGCGUGCCGAGGUGGGACUCCUGAGCCGGAACAUCGUGGUGAUGGGGGAGAUGGAGGAUGAGUGCUACCCCUACAGCAACCACCUCUGCCACUUCUUUGACUUCGACACCUUUGGGGGCCACAUCAAGUUUGCACUGGGAUUCAAGGCCGCACACCUGGAGGGCGUGGAGCUGAAGCACAUGGGCCAGCAGCUGAUUGGUCAGUACCCAAUUCACUUCCACCUGGCAGGCGACGUGGAUGAAAAGGGAGGCUACGAUCCGCCCACGUAUGUCAAGGAUCUCUCCAUCCACCACACGUUCUCCCGCUGUGUCACUGUCCACGGCUCCAAUGGCUUGUUGGUCAAGGAUGUUGUAGGCUAUAACUCUUUGGGCCACUGCUUCUUCACGGAAGAUGGGCCAGAAGAGCGCAACACUUUUGACCACUGUCUCGGCCUCCUCGUCAAGUCUGGGACCCUCCUCCCCUCCGACCGCGACAGCAGGAUGUGCAAGACGAUCACGGAGGACUCCUACCCGGGCUACGUCCCCAAGCCCCGGCAGGACUGCAAUGCUGUGUCCACCUUCUGGAUGGCCAAUCCCAACAACAACCUCAUAAACUGCGCUGCUGCAGGAUCCGAGGAAACUGGAUUCUGGUUCAUUUUUCACCAUGUCCCGACGGGCCCCUCGGCCGGCAUGUACUCCCCGGGUUAUUCAGAGCACAUUCCACUGGGGAAAUUCCUUAACAACCGAGCACACUCCAACUACCGGGCUGGCAUGAUCAUAGACAACGGGGUCAAAACCACCCAGGCUUCUGCCAAGGACAAGCGGCCCUUCCUCUCCAUCAUCUCUGCCAGAUACAGCCCCCACCAGGACGCCGACCCACUGAAGCCCCGGGAGCCAGCCAUCAUCAAACACUUCACCGCCUACAAGAACCAAGAUCACGGGGCCUGGCUACGUGGCGGGGACGUGUGGUUGGACAGCUGCAAGUUUGCUGACAAUGGCAUUGGCCUAACCUUGGCCAGUGGUGGAACCUUCCCCUAUGAUGACGGCUCCAAGCAGGAGAUCAAGAACAGCUUGUUUGUCGGCGAGAGUGGCAAUGUUGGCACAGAGAUGAUGGACAACAGGAUCUGGGGUCCUGGUGGCUUGGACCACAGUGGAAGGACCCUCCCCAUAGGCCAGAAUUUUCCCAUCCGAGGCAUUCAGUUUUAUGACGGCCCCAUCAACAUCCAGAACUGCACUUUCCGCAAGUUCGCAGCCCUGGAGGGCCGGCACACCAGCGCCCUGGCCUUCCGUCUGAACAACGCCUGGCAGAGCUGCCCCCACAACAACGUCACCAACAUCGCCUUUGAGGAUGUCCCGAUUACUUCCAGAGUUUUCUUCGGGGAGCCCGGGCCCUGGUUCAACCAGCUGGACAUGGACGGGGAUAAGACAUCGGUGUUCCACGAUGUGGACGGCUCCGUGUCCGAGUACCCCGGCUCCUACCUCACCAAGGACGACAACUGGCUGGUCCGGCACCCAGACUGCAUCAACGUUCCGGACUGGAGAGGCGCCAUCUGCAGUGGGCGCUACGCGCAGAUGUACAUUCAGGCCUACAAGACCAAUAAUCUGCGGAUGAAGAUCAUCAAGAAUGACUUCCCCAACCACCCUCUCUACCUGGAGGGGGCCCUGACCAGGAGCACACACUACCAGCAGUACCAGCCAGUCAUCACCCUGCAGAAGGGCUACACCAUCCACUGGGACCAGACCGCCCCCUCUGAGCUCACCAUCUGGCUCAUCAACUUCAACAAGGGUGACUGGAUCCGAGUGGGACUCUGCUACCCCCGGGGCACCACCUUCUCCAUCCUCUCAGACGUCCACAAUCGCCUGCUGAAGCAGACAUCCAAGACAGGCAUCUUCGUGAAGACCUCGCAGAUGGACAAAGUGGAGCAAAGCCACCCUGGCCGCAGCCACUACUACUGGGACGAGGACGCAGGGCUGCUUUUCCUGAAGCUGAAAGCUCAGAAUGAGAGAGAGAAGUUUGCCUUCUGUUCUGUGAAGGGCUGCGAAAGGAUAAAGAUUAAAGCUCUGAUCCCAAAGAACGCAGGCAUCAGCGACUGCGCGGCCACAGCCUACCCCAAGUUCACGGAGAAGGCCAUCGUGGACGUGCCCAUGCCCAAGAAGCUCUUUGGUUCUCUGCUGAAGACAAAGGACCACUUCCUGGAGGUGAAGAUGGAGAGUGCCAAGCAGCGCUUCUUCCACCUGCUGAACGACCUGGCGUACAUCCAAGUGGACGGGAAGAAGUACCCCAGCUUCGAAGACGGCAUCCAGGUGGUGGUGAUCGACGGGAAGCACGGGCAGGUACUGAACCACACCGGCUUCAGGAACGCCAUCCUGCAGGGCAUCCCCUGGCAGCUCUUCAAUUACGUGGCAACCAUCCCUGACAAUUCCAUAGUUCUCAUGGCAUCAAAGGGAAGAUACAUCUCCAGAGGCCCGUGGACCAGAGUGCUGGAAAAACUCGGGGCACACAAGGGGCUCAAACUGAAAGAGAAAAUGGUAUUCGUCGGCUUCAAAGGCAGCUUCCGGCCCACCUGGGUGACCCUGGACACUGAGGACCACCAUGCCAAAAUCUUCCAAGUAGUGCCCAUCCCGGUGGUGAGGAAGAAGAAGCUGUGA